GUCCUCGGUUUUCGGGUCUCCCGAAGUAACACUCGCGUGGGAACAGUCGUGUUUGGUACCAAGCCCUACUUACUGUUCGGUUUUAACAGUUACACGAACAACGGGGCUGUUUUCAACAGGCUUAACAAGGGCGUUCGCUAUCCGAAAUCUGGGAGUCGCAUUGGCAGGGCCUUGUUAAUGGCUCAGAAACAGCUGUUCCGUAAGAAUCCUCGUCGCUCAAGGGUCACCAAGGUUGUUGUGGUUAUUACCGACGGUAGCUCUAUGGAUGACGUUGCAGCACCCUCAAAUGCCUUAAAGUCACGUGGAGUACGGAUAUACUGUGUGGGAGUGGGACGGUACAUUAACGGUCGUCAACUGGACAUCAUGGCGUCUCCUCCUCGAAAAAAUCAUAUCUUUACCGCGGAUUGGACUCACCUAGGCGUUGUGGUAAACGAGCUCCGAAACGCAAUUUGCUUAGGUAAAGUGAGCUUACGAUUCUAUAAACCAGGGAGGAUUUGACAGAUAGUAUUUCCGUGCAAAUUUAUAAAAACCCUGCAUCUAUAGAAAUUUAGUGGAGCCCCCGGUUUUUUUUUUCUUAAAAUUUAACGGCCGUGGGAAGCAUUACAACCUGCAUUAGGUUUUCAAAAUUAUCGUUUUUCCGAACUCUUUAAUAAAUUCUCACUUUGGCUAUUUUCCUGGCCUUAGAGAAGACAAGAUAUCGCGUAUAAUUGCAUAUCAGAGUAAUGUACUGUAAUUGAAGAAAUGCGAAUAGCCUCGUGCCGAUUUUUAUCGAGUAUAAACCAGUACGAAAUUUCUUGUUGAGGUGUUAAAAUCUGGGAGGGAGAGAAAAUACCAUGCCUCCUCUCUUCCUCUUGCCGCCCUGAGUGAACAAUUGCAACAGGGUCCAAAAUGAACUAUUCUGCAUAGCCAAAACCUAUUUGACAUUGAAACAUGACAUUAAGGGUUUAAUAUAAGAGCUUCUCGUUUGCAGGAACUGGAGGAAACCUUUCGCCAGCAACGCAUCGGGUUUGUCUUUGUCCGAUCACAAGACCAACG